GCGCAAUUCUCGGUAGACUCAUGGGAAAAUUAAAUGGCGGAUCCGGUGCACGUCGGUAGUAGCUGACAAGAAGCAAAAAAGUUGCAAUUUCUCCAACAAUCUAGCUGCCCACAAUUUUAUAAUUGGAGCCUCAACGAGAAGUGUUUUAAUGCCACACGAAUGUACACCUACUUUGUUAUGGGCCUCAAGGGAUUCGUGUUAUUCGCGGCGAAAGUAUGGAGUUUCAUUUGCUACUGUAUACGAAGACAAAUUCGAUCGGUGAUACAACACCAAACAGUUAGAUAUGAGAUCCUUCCCUUGUCUCCACUGUCUAAACACAGAUUAAGUAUAGUGAAAAGAAAAACGUUGGUGUUAGAUUUAGACGAGACGUUAAUCCACUCCCACCAUGAUGGCGUACUGCGACAAACCGUUAAGCCUGGAACACCGCCAGAUUUUGUACUAAAAGUAACUAUAGACAGGCAUCCAGUUAGAUUUUUUGUACAUAAAAGACCACAUGUAGAUUUCUUUUUAGAUAUAGUCAGCCAGUGGUAUGACCUGGUAGUCUUCACUGCUAGUAUGGAGAUAUACGGGGCUGCAGUAGCAGAUAAACUGGAUCAGGGGAGAGGGUUUUUAAAAAGAAGGUACUAUAGGCAGCAUUGUAAUUUAGACUAUGGUAGCUACACGAAGGACCUAUCAGCAAUAAGUAAUGAUUUGUCAAGUGUGUUUAUACUGGACAAUUCUCCUGGAGCAUACAGAGCAUAUCCAGACAAUGCAAUACCCAUCAAGUCAUGGUUUUCUGACCCGACAGACACAGCACUUCUCAACUUGCUCCCUGUGCUCGAUGCUCUCAGGUUUGUCAGUGAUGCGCGAUCAGUGUUGAGCCGGAACUUACAUCUACACAGGCUCUGGUAGCACCCAAUGUACCGAGGUGGUACAAAUAUUAUAUAUAAAAUAAAAAAGCAUAAAAAUUCCUGGCUUGCUCUGCAUCAGCAACAGCGGGACUGUACUUGGAAACAGCGUGUGGUUUCAUAAUUGCGGAGCAGCUGGGUUUUUUCAGAAUGAGGCUGCAUUGCCUGGAGCAGAAUGUAAGAUAUUGAAUUCAACUGAAGAAUAAGUAAGCAUGCAAUGCAGCACAACCCUGGGUGGAACUGACACCGAUGGAGGGUUUGAAAUAAAUAAAUAAUAGUCAAUAUGGCUUGCCACGUAGAAAAAAAUGGAUUUGAAAAAAAAAAUCCUUAUGCUUCAUCUUUAUAUUUAUAGGGAGAUGCUACAGGGGCUACUUUAUUGCACUAUUGUGAACAUAAAAAGAUGAAUGCAGCAAGGAAAAUUAGUUACAGGUCAUUCCACAGCUUUUUUUUCUCUUGAGUAAAUAUUUUCCCUCCUCCUUUUACAAAAUCUAUUCUUCCUUUUGAAGCUUAAGAAUUAAAAACAAACAAUCAAAAAAACUAUCAGAAGCAGUUACGUUUUGUCUUAAUUUUUUUUUUGGAACAGAUUGGCUUAAUCUGUCAAAAAGGCCAGAAGUUACAUUUGGGGUUAGAGGACGGGGCGCAAUGGAAUGACCCUCAGUUGAUUGCUUUUAACAAGCAGCCUUCAAAACCCAUGGCAAGGUGUAAUAUAGUAUUAACUAGUAGUGGACAUGGCUAACUGCAGAACAGGUAAAGAUGUAGCAAGUUCCUACCACUAGAAUUGUAAAAUAGGUAUAAAUAUAUAAAUAUAAAUGUAGACAAGUAUAUAAAUAGUGAAACAAAGAUUCUAAACACAUGGUACAGGAGGAGGAUGUCGCUGGGCUUUUUGCACUUUUUUCUGUCACUUAAAUGCUCUGCACGUUCAAGUGUCAAAGAAAGAAUUUGUCAAUUUGAUUAAGUAAAUAUGUUGCAUUUGGUCAUUCUUUAAAGUGGACACCUGUUCAUAUGUUUGAAAAAAUUACGUUUUGCUUUAAAGGUAAAUUAUUCCAAUUAUUUCAUAAAUCUCAAGUGAAAUUAUUACUUUUUCCUACAGGGAAUUAUGACGGGCACUGCAUUUUUCUCUUUGCCUAAAUUACUUUUCUGGCAAGUUUAAUUGUUGAGCCUCGUUAAUGCAUCAUUGUUUGUGAAAGAAUCAAAAAUUCAUGGUACUGGACACUUCAUUCCCCAUGCCACCUUUCUCUCACUGUUUCCAUAGUAAGAAGUGAAUAUUUAAGCAGUUUUGAUUGGCCAUCUGGUGCUUGCCAAAUUGACCAAUCCGGUUGAUGUAAAACAUGCUGCUGCCCUUUUGGGGGAAAAUUUCCCUUUUUGUUCAGUAUCUGAUAGUUAUAUAUCACAUUAAGAAUGCCAUUGGUCAUAUAUGAUGAUAAUAGUUUAGUUUGAGAUAGAUAUGGUGUUUUUUUUAGAUGAUAAAGUAGAAUAUCAGUAAAACUGAAUUACAAGACGAGUUUCUGUUUUUAAUUUGGGCCGUCUUUGAGCCCACAUUGUCCAGAGAUUGCAGCAUUAAUUUUGUACUUAGAUAAAAUGUGGUAAAUAUCAAAUUUAUUUUUAGACGAAAGUAGUAAAAGCUAUUUUGGUUAAUUACUUAUUAAUAGUAAAAGUGGAUAGGAAAGUGUAUUGUCAGUUAAGAUUUUUCACAUUUUUUUGACAAUAUCUGACUACAGAUGUAGUUUUAGUCCAAUGUUAUUGAUAUUUAUACUUUCUGGCUGCUGUGUACAUGACAUUCAAAUAUGUUUUGAAGUGGCAGUAAAAAUUUUUUUUUGUGAAAAAUAAAUAAAAUGCUAAACCA